UGGCGGGGGGCGGGGCGGGGCCGGAAACUAGAACCGGAGUGAUUACGCUUCCGUUUCUGGUUUUCCUCCAGUGUUUAGGUUUCUUCGCCGCCGGCCAAGAUGAACCGAUUCUUCGGAAAAGCGAAACCCAAGGCUCCGCCACCUAGCCUGACUGACUGCAUUGGGACGGUGGAUAGCAGGGCAGAAUCCAUUGACAAAAAGAUUUCCCGGUUGGACGCUGAGCUAGUGAAAUACAAGGAUCAAAUCAAGAAGAUGAGAGAGGGUCCUGCUAAGAACAUGGUCAAACAGAAAGCCCUGAGGGUUUUAAAGCAAAAGCGGAUGUAUGAGCAGCAGCGAGACAACCUUGCCCAACAGUCCUUUAACAUGGAGCAGGCUAAUUACACCAUCCAGACAUUGAAGGACACCAAGACCACGGUUGACGCCAUGAAAUUGGGAGUAAAGGAAAUGAAGAAGGCGUACAAGCAAGUGAAAGUUGACCAGAUUGAGGAUUUACAAGACCAGCUGGAAGACAUGAUGGAAGAUGCAAAUGAAAUCCAGGAAGCACUGGGCCGCAGCUACGGCACCCCAGAGCUGGAUGAGGACGACCUGGAAGCAGAGUUGGAUGCGCUGGGCGACGAGCUGCUGGCUGAUGAGGAUAGCUCUUAUCUGGACGAAGCAGCUUCUGCACCUGCAAUUCCAGAAGGUGUUCCCACUGACACGAAAAACAAGGAUGGAGUACUGGUGGAUGAAUUUGGAUUGCCACAGAUCCCAGCUUCGUAGACUUGCAGCGUCCAGCGCACGAUAUGAAAACAACAACAGCAACAGUGUGUCUGGGACUAGGAAAUAGUUCCCAAUUCGCCAAGCAGACUUAGGUUUCUUUCCUUUCUUUGAAGGAAAAGCUAAUUACACUGCUCCUGUAUUUUUAUUUUUUCCAUUAGGAACUUCAUUGCUUAGGGGAAGCUUUCUUUUACUAAAA